UGUUGGGUGGAAAGUCUAGAGUGAGAUAAAUGAAUUUCACCGUCAUAUGGUAGAGUGAGAGGAAAAUCCAUUUUUCUUUUGCUUAUGACAGGCAUAUCUUUGGACCGGCGUGUAAAUACACCAUAACACCUGACUUCUUGUUCACAACAACAAUUCACUGCUGAUUCACUGAAUGAGUUCACAAGUGGUUGCGCUGGUUUGACGUUGACGUGUAGUACGGCAUUUAAAUAUUUCACGGUAAUACCGUUGUGUUAAUUAAUAGUCAAGAAGAAAACGUUGUAUCAGCUAUUACGUGUUUGUGAAUUAAGACUAUUUUUUGAAAAAUGUCGUUCGCUUCACCGAUGCCGACCCGUGAAUUCUUAUGGGACGUCUUCCAAAGGGUCGAUAAGGACCACUCCGGAGCCAUAACCGUUGAAGAACUUCAACAAGCACUUUCCAAUGGAACAUGGACUCCCUUUAACCCAGAAACAGUUCGUUUAAUGAUAGGUAUGUUUCAGUAUGAAAAAACUGAUGACAAAUCAACUGAUGGUGAUGCUGAUUCUCCAGGUAUGUUUGAUAAAAGACAAUCUGGCACUGUCAAUUUCGAAGAGUUCGGAGCACUUUGGAAAUACGUUACCGACUGGCAGAAUUGCUUCCGAUCCUUUGAUCGAGAUAACAGUGGAAACAUCGAUCGCACAGAGCUAAAAGCCGCCUUGACGAAUUUCGGCUACCGAUUGAACGACAGCGUCAUUGAAAUGCUCAUCCGAAAGUACGAUCGAGCUGGCAGAGGAACAAUAUACUUCGAUGAUUUUAUCCAGUGCUGCGUAGUGCUUUAUACUCUGACAUCCGCAUUCAGACAGUACGACACCGACCAAGAUGGAGUCAUCACAAUUCACUACGAACAGUUCCUAGGCAUGGUGUUUAAUCUUAAAAUUUAAAUCUACAUGGGAACUUCCGGUACUUUUACUCUAAAAUAUUUUGUUUAUUUUUUUUUUAGUGUAAAAGUUGCGAGAAUCGAUGCAAACAUUUUUAUCCAACUCCUGUUAUAGUUCCCAUGAAUUGCCAAGUUUGCCAAAUGCUCAUUCUAAAACCUUUAUUGCAACUGAAUGUAAUUUCUACUUUAAAUGCAAGUGCAAUUUUUUCAAAAUAGAGUUUAUAUCAAAAUCAGCACUUUUUUAUAUGCACGAAAAUGCAAAUAGUGUUUUUACUUAGCACUUCUGUUUAAAGCAACAUUGAGCCUAAAAAUUAUAACUAUAUCUCAGUGAAAAUUACGAAUUCGUCAGUCUUUAAAUAGUUUACAUGAUAGAACUGUCUAUUAUUUGAAAUUUACUUGUUUUCUAUUCUGUUGUUCAAGUUUUCGUAUUCAAAAAGAUUUAGGUAAUUUUUGAAGGAUUUUCUUUUCAUUUAAUCACUUACAUCUGAUUUGAUUUAUUUUGAAAUUUUCACCAGAAUAUAUUCUUCAGGCCAGUUUCAAAGAGGGACUUAAAAAGCGCUUAAAAUAAUGUCAAUUAUGCGAAUCUAAGGUACUAAGUGAAGGAAAAGUCUUAAGUUAGAUUUCACUUUUUAUAAACACCGCCAAAGUAAUAUAUUUCAAAGGCAUUCCCUAAUUGUGAUAUAUGGUGCGCUUCCUCUUGUUAUUUAAUGUAUUUUCACACCUAUUUAACAUGUUCGCUUUAGUCGCUAUUAAAAUGUAAAGCAUGUGUGUAAUCGCUUAUACAUAUAAUCCCUAAAGGGGCUAAUUUAAUGAAAAUAAAAGAACUAAAGCGAGUAUUUUAAACAGUCGUCGAUCGUCGACAAAUCAUUCUUGCUGCGUAAAAAAUAGAAAUAUUUUCUAUGUUUGUGACGUAGACAGUUAAGGUUGGGGAUGAAAAUUUCGUAAUUUCGGCAGUAAUUACGUGUAAAUGUCAGAAUUAAUGUAGGAAAUUACGGAAAAAUUUCAAACUACAAACAAAAUUCUAUUUCUAAACAAUUGGUUAGAUCCGUGUGAGCUGUAUG